AUGGCUUCGUCAUCGGACGAGGAGCGACCUCUCCUGUCUCGAUCAGAAUCCUCGUCAGGGAGCGCCAAAACUUUAUUCGGAGACGAUGAAGAAUCAAGCACCACAGCCACCGAGAUAAAUCGCUCGAUCGAAGAUGACGUCUUACCCGAGACGUCAAUAAUAGGCCGAACACUCGGUUGGCGAUCCGCCUACAUUCUGGUGAUUUCACGCGUCAUUGGAAGCGGCAUCUUUGCGACGCCUGGAGCAAUAGUUAAAUCAGUUCGGAGCGUGGGAUUGAGUCUUUCUCUUUGGAUUGUGGGUGCUAUAAUCGCUGCUUGCGGGCUUGCAGUUUCUUUGGAAUACGGGUGUGCUUUGCCGCGAUCUGGAGGAGAAAAGGUCUAUCUCGAAUAUACGUAUAGGAAACCUCGGUUUCUAGCAUCAACGCUUGUGGCAGUCCAAGCAGUACUCUUAGGGUUUACCGCCAGCAAUUGUAUUGUCUUUAGCCAAUACACUCUUUUCGCUUUCGACAUCGAAGCUAGCGAUCUUGUUCGAAAAUCGCUUGCCGUUAGUCUCCUCACGGCCAUAACCAUCAUCCAUGGAUGUUUCCUCAAGCUCGGAAUACGCAUCCAAAAUAUCCUAGGAUGGAUUAAAGUCGGCCUAGUAAUAUUUAUGAUUUUUGCGGGUCUCUUCGUAGUUAUUUUUCAGCCUCAUGACUCCCACGAAGGAAGAAGUCACUUCCCAAAGGCCACAGAGCUGUGGAAGGAUUCAGAUUGGAGCUGGGGUGUGACGAGCAGGUAUUAG